AUGCACGGCACUCUCUCAAGGGGCCGAAGGACAGAGCAGCAGAGCCUAGCGACAAGCAAUGCUCCCCCAAUGGCCACGCUUGUGACGGAGGGAAAUAAGAGCAUAUGGUGCUGGAUCACCGCCCGACCGGAUGUAUCUGUUGGUCACAACAGAGAAUGGAACCAUCUCAGCCUUGACCAACUGCUUUCAAUACUAGAGUAUGACAUUCAGCUACCCACAGCUGAGCCCGUUCACGCACAAAGCUCCCCGCCAAGCCUUGAACCCACUUUAGAUUUAUCCCUCCCGCCUGUCAGGCCGAGACUCUAUGUCAGUGAAAGCAAGAUGUGGAAUUGCUUAACAGGCCAUGGUGUCGACUAUCAGAAAGUCACCAAAUUUGAAUGGCUAGCACUUGUGGGCAUCGCAUCGGUGAUGGAGGAGGGCAUCCUCCAAGGUGACCUCACGAGGCUGGUCAGCCAAGACAAACGCUCACUACCAAAACGAACCGAUGCGUUGGCUCGGAAGGGAUACAUUGUUAAGAGGCCAAUAUUAGCACGUGGUUGCAAGACAAGUAAGCUUUGGUUAAAGCCCUUCGCUCCCUCUGUUCAAAUCCAGAAGCAUCCAACCGAAACGAUAACGGAGAUCUGCAACGCUGAUUUUCCGCGCGAUGCUAUUGUCGGCGAUCUUGAACCUGUCCCUUGGCGCCACCACUGGUCAGGAGACACUAUCGAUUACGCUACGCUCGGCCGGUCGAUUAUGGGCGUUGUCAAGGAAUUUGGUGUUAUACGAUAUCAAGACUUGCGCAUGAAACUAGGCGUCGCUGGACAUCCUUGGCAGAUGAAGGUUGUAACUCGCACUUGUCGUUUCUUCAUCGAACUCGGUCUGUUACAAUACGUGACAGCAAGUAUGGGAAACCGGAUCUUUCGUGAUUGUAUAAAGUUCAAACGGGACAUCACACCAGAUGACCUAGCUAUAUUUAUCUCCGGUGGGGUUCGGCCUUCAAGUUCGGAAACAAUCAUGAGCCCAAAAGCUCACCACAAGAAUGCCCAAGGAUAA